AUGGAGCACACGCACGCCCACCUCGUAGCCAACAGCUCGCUGUCCUGGUCCCCCGGCUGGGCCUGCGGCUUGGGCUUCGUGCCCGUGGUCUACUACAGCCUCUUGUUGUGCCUCGGUUUACCAGCAAAUAUCCUAACCGUGAUCAUCCUCUCUCAGCUGGUGGCCAGGAGACAGAAGUCCUCCUACAACUAUCUCUUGGCACUUGCUGCUGCUGACAUCUUGGUCCUCUUUUUCAUUGUGUUCGUGGACUUCCUGUUGGAAGAUUUCAUCUUGAAUAUGCAGAUGCCUCAGGUUCCCGACAAGAUCAUAGAAGUGCUGGAAUUCUCAUCCAUCCACACCUCAAUUUGGAUUACUGUUCCAUUAACCAUUGACCGGUAUAUUGCGGUCUGCCACCCGCUCAAGUACCACAUGGUCUCCUACCCAGCCCGCACCCGGAAAGUCAUCGUAAGUGUUUAUGUCACCUGCUUCCUGACCAGCAUCCCCUACUACUGGUGGCCCAACAUCUGGACUGAAGACUACAUCAGCACCUCCGUGCACCAUGUCCUUAUCUGGAUUCACUGCUUCACUGUGUACUUGGUGCCCUGUUCCAUCUUCUUCAUAUUGAACUCAAUCAUUGUAUACAAGCUCAGGCGGAAGAGCAAUUUUCGCCUCCGUGGCUACUCCACAGGGAAAACCACUGCCAUCUUGUUUACCAUUACCUCCAUCUUUGCCACACUCUGGGCCCCACGUAUCAUCAUGAUCCUCUACCACCUGUAUGGGGCACCCAUCCAGAACCGCUGGCUGAUGCACGUUAUGUCCGACAUUGCCAACAUGCUGGCCCUUCUGAACACGGCCAUCAACUUCUUCCUCUAUUGCUUCAUCAGCAAGCGGUUCCGCAAAAUGGCGGCCGCUACCCUCAAGGCCUUCUUCAAGUGCCAGAAGCAACCAAUACAGUUCUACACCAACCAUAACUUUUCCAUAACAAGUAGCCCUUGGAUCUCGCCGGCCAACUCACACUGUAUCAAGAUGCUGGUGUACCAGUACGACAAAAAUGGAAAACCUAUAAAGGUAUCCCCAUGA